AUUUCAGUAGUAGCACCCAGUGGCACAGACACUCUCCUUUGGCUUCUGUCUUGACACUGAGGUUGAACAAUGACGGUCAGCAAGAUCAUCAUCAAAUACCUGCUUUUCAUCUUCAACUUGGUGUUUUUUGUGGGUGGAAUCACUCUUCUUGGUUUAUCCACCCAUGCCCUGAAGAACAGAGAAGACUAUCAGAUCACUGAUGAACUCCUCCCGGCCGUGAACAUGCUGAUAAUCAUCGGUGCCGUGACACUGAUUUUGGGCUUCCUGGGCUGCUGUGGAGCCAUCCGAGAGAACCGCUGCCUGCUGGCACUGUUCUUCAAGGGCCUGCUCUCCAUGUUCCUCAUGCUGUUGGCGGUAGGCGUGCUGGGAGCCAUAUCAAGGACUACAGCUGCUCAGGAGCAGGUGAAGAAACACAUGAAGCUGAUGCUUCCGCUGAGCGAGCAGCCGAAGGAAGUUCAGGUGUCGUUUCAGAAUGUGGAAAGGUCCGGGUUCUGUUGCGGUUUAUUCGAAGGACAUCUUGACUGGGGCAAUUCAACAGUGGUGCCCAACUCCUGUAACUGCACAGACAGCUCCAGAAACUGCACAGUUCUGGACGAACGUGAGAUAUAUGCCACGCCGUGUAUGAGGCACUUUAUGACUUGGAUGGACAGAAUGUCAGACUCACUCAUGGGGACUGCGUUUGCGUUUGGUGUCUUGAUGAUUCUUGGCAUGGUUUUCUCGUUAGUCCUGUGUUGUCAGAUUGGGAGUCGUAAGAAAAGCAUCAUUUAAAGUGUCUCUCACAAGGCCUGAGGUUCUACCGUGUUAAUUGAAGGACGGAUCAUCGUGUUCGUCUAAAUUUAAUCUGUGGGAGCUCUGCCUCAUUGUAAAUUUUGUAAUGUUUCUACCCUUUUGUACCUGUAUUAUAUGGCUGAACUGCAUAUUACACAUUUUUUAACAAUGAAAAACUUCCAUCUGAUUUUUGUGUGGAAAAAAGAAUAAUUGAGUGUAUCAUUUUGAUGCACUGUAGUAGAUAUUUUCAUUUUAUUUCACUUUUCAUUUCUAUUCCACUACAUUAAGAGGUAAAUAUUGUACUGUUUAAACUACAUUAUACAUAUCUGCUGUUGUAUUUACUUCACAGACUAACAGAACAUGUUAUCUUCUAAAAUAAAAUACAAUUUCCCAAUGAUUUUGGAUCAUUAAGAAA